CCUCGCCUCGUGCCUCCCAGAACCUUCCAGGCGGCUGUUGUCCGGCUUGCGCUGUCAGAAUGAUCGGCCAGCAGGUGUUAGUGCUCAACCAGAACGUGAAGAGAGAGUCAGGACGUAAAGUCCAGACUGGAAACAUCAAUGCUGCAAAGACCAUCGCAGAUGUGAUCAGGACCUGCCUUGGCCCUCGGGCCAUGAUGAAGAUGUUGCUCGACCCCACAGGAGGAAUCGUGAUGACCAACGAUGGAAACGCCAUCCUCAGAGAGAUCCAGGUUCAGCAUCCUGCAGCCAAGUCCAUGAUAGAGAUCAGCCGCACGCAGGAUGAGGAGGUGGGAGACGGGACCACGUCCGUCAUCAUACUGGCUGGGGAGAUGUUGUCUGUAGCAGAGCAGUUUCUGGAGCAGCAGAUGCAUCCGACCGUCAUCAUCAGCGCCUACAGACAGGCCCUGGAGGACAUGCUGGAGACGCUGAAGGAGAUCAGCACCCCUGUGGACACGGCAGACCGCUCCAUGAUGCUCAAGAUUGUCCACUCUGCCAUCAACACCAAAGCUCUGAGUCGCUGGUCUGAACUGGCCUGCAGCAUCGCUCUGGACGCUGUCCGAACCGUGGAGUUGGACGAUAAUGGCCGCAAAGAGAUCGACAUCAAGAAGUACGCCAAGGUGGAGAAGGUUCCAGGUGGGAUCAUCGAGGACUCGUGCGUCCUGAGAGGAGUGAUGGUCAACAAAGACGUAACCCACCCCAGGAUGAGACGGAUGAUCAAAGACCCUCGAAUUGUCCUGCUGGACUGUUCUCUGGAGUACAAGAAGGGAGAGAGCCAGACGGACAUUGAGAUCAGCAAGGAGGAGGACUUUGCCAGGAUCCUGCAGAUGGAGGAGGAAUACAUCCAGCAGAUCUGCGAGGACAUCAUCCGUCUCAAACCAGACCUGGUCUUCACUGAGAAAGGCAUCUCAGAUCUGGCUCAGCACUACCUGGUGAAGGCAAACAUUACCGCCAUCCGCCGCGUGAGGAAGACCGACAACAACCGCAUCGCCAGGGCGUGCGGGGCUCGUAUUGUCAGCCGGACCGACGAGCUGCGUGAGGAAGACGUUGGUACGGGGGCGGGGCUCUUUGAGGUGAAGAAGAUCGGUGAUGAGUAUUUCACCUUCGUCACCGAGUGUAAAGAUCCUAAAGCCUGCACCAUCCUGCUGAGAGGAGCCAGCAAGGAGAUCCUGGCUGAGGUGGAGAGGAACCUGCAGGACGCCAUGCAGGUGUGUCGGAACGUGCUGCUGGACCCCUUCCUGUUGCCGGGCGGCGGUGCCGUGGAGAUGGCGGUUUCGAAGCGUCUGACGGAGCGUUCCCGCGCUCUGACCGGCAUCGAACAGUGGCCAUACCGCGCUGUCGCCCAGGCUUUGGAGGUCAUCCCCCGAACCCUGAUCCAGAACUGCGGAGCCUCCACCAUCCGAGUUCUGACCUCUCUGAGGGCCAAACACACUCAGGACAACAGUGUGUGCUGGGGCGUGGACGGAGAGACCGGCUGUCUGUCUGACAUGUCGUCUCUGGGGAUCUGGGAGCCGCUCGCCGUCAAAGCUCAGACCUACAAGACCGCAGUCGAGACGGCCAUCUUGUUGCUGCGUAUCGAUGACAUCGUCUCCGGUCACAAGAAGAAAGACAAAGAAGAGCAAAUGGGAGGACAGGGAGCCGAGUAGGUCCACGUCAGUCCAGAUCCAGAUCACUCCGACAGGAUGUGUGUGUUUGUUUGUGUGUGUGUGGGACCAGACGACUCACUGAAACUUAAAGUAACUGUCAAUAAAGUCAGAGUUCGAAACCUG